GCGGGAGGAAAGGCUCGGGAGCCCGUGGUAGGGAAGUUCCCUCGGCGGCCUCGCGGGGAGCAGUUCUAGGGAGUGGAAUCACCCGCUAGGCUCCGGAGGGGCGGUACCCAGCCCGGAAGAACCCUGCGGCGGCACAGAAGUGCCGGCAGGGGGCGCGGGCUGCCGGGCCACCCCCGGGGGCUAAAGGCCGGUGGUCCCUCCCAGCUCUGGUGUGCGGCGUCGCCGCGCCGCCCGAUCCCCUGCCCCCCCACUCUCACCUCGUCACCUCCCCCGCCCAGUCGGCGGGCCUCUGAGGUGCGCGGCGCAGGCGCGGAGCGAGGUGGCAUUUUUUACCAUCUGUGAAAAUUUCCCUGUAGUUCAUUUCUCCUCACUACAGUGUUAAGAAUUAUACCAAAUUGCAAAGAUAUGAAUGAAUAUCCUAAAAAAAGAAAAAGGAAGACAUUACACCCUUCUCGUUACUCAGAUUCCUCUGGAAUAAGCAGAAUUGCAGAUGGAUUCAAUGGAAUUUUUUCUGAUCAUUGUUACAGUGUUUGUUCUAUGAGACAACCGGACUUAAAAUACUUUGACAACAAAGUGGCAAGGAAUUGGUGGAAAAUCAAGACUGACCCAGAGCUGGGAGCAUUUAUGAUGAAAGAUGAUGAUUCUGAUACAGAGACAUCAAAUGACUUGCCAAAAUUUACAGAUGGAAUCAAAGCCAGAAAUAGAAAUCAAAACUACCUGGUUCCCAGUCCUGUACUUCGAAUUCUAGACCACACUGCCUUUUCUACAGAAAAAUCUGCUGAUAUUGAAAUUUGUGAUGAAGAGUGUGACUCACCUGAGUCAGUCAACCAACAGACUCAAGAGGAAAAUCCUAUAGAAGUUCACACUGCUGAAGAUGUUCCAAUUGCUGCAGAAGUACAUGCAAUUUCUGAAGAUUAUGAUAUAGAGACAGAAAACAAUUCCUCAGAAAGUCUUCAAGACCAAACUGAUGAGGAGCCACCAGCUAAACUUUGCAAAAUUCUUGACAAGAGCCAAGCUCUGAAUGUGACUGCCCAACAGAAGUGGCCUUUACUGAGAGCCAAUAGCAGUGGUCUCUAUAAGUGUGAACUUUGUGAGUUCAACAGCAAAUAUUUUUCUGAUUUAAAGCAGCAUAUGAUCCUGAAGCAUAAGCGUACUGAUUCAAAUGUGUGUCGAGUAUGCAAGGAAAGUUUCUCUACCAACAUGCUUUUGAUCGAACAUGCCAAACUGCAUGAAGAGGAUCCCUACAUUUGUAAAUACUGUGAUUAUAAAACAGUGAUUUUUGAGAACCUCAGCCAGCACAUUGCAGACACCCAUUUUAGUGACCACCUCUAUUGGUGUGAGCAGUGCGAUGUACAGUUCUCCUCAAGCAGUGAACUCUACCUACAUUUCCAGGAGCACAGCUGUGAUGAACAGUACUUGUGUCAGUUUUGUGAACAUGAAACAAAUGAUCCAGAAGACUUGCAUAGCCAUGUGGUAAAUGAACAUGCAUGUAAAUUAAUUGAGUUGAGUGAUAAGUAUAACAAUGGAGAACAUGGACAGUACAGCCUCUUAAGCAAAAUUACCUUUGACAAAUGUAAAAACUUCUUUGUGUGUCAAGUAUGUGGUUUUCGGAGUAGACUUCAUACAAAUGUUAACAGGCAUGUUGCUAUUGAACAUACUAAAAUUUUUCCUCAUGUUUGUGAUGACUGUGGGAAAGGCUUUUCAAGUAUGCUAGAAUAUUGCAAACAUUUAAAUUCACAUUUAUCUGAAGGGAUUUAUUUAUGUCAAUACUGUGAAUAUUCAACAGGACAAAUUGAAGAUCUUAAAAUCCAUCUAGAUUUCAAGCAUUCAGCUGACUUACCUCAUAAAUGUAGUGACUGCUUGAUGAGGUUUGGAAAUGAAAGGGAAUUAAUAAGUCACCUUCCAGUCCAUGAGACGACUUGAUUAUUUUCUUUACCUGCCAUAAUGUUAAUGUAAAAUAAUAAAUUUGACUUUUUUGGA